GUAAUAUUUAUUUGAUUCCAUUAUCCAUAACUAUGUCAAAUGCCUGGAAAUACUUGAGCUUUCAGCUCGAAUGGAAACCGAAAUUGAAACUCGAACCUUUUUGUAUUUUCCCACCCCUAAUAUUUCAGAUUACUAGUAUUAGUAAUAAUGUAACAUCCCGUUUUGAGUUGGAUUUCAAUUACAAAAACGAUGCCACUGCAGUUCUUUAAGUUAAAUUUGUCAUGUGAUGAAUUGGAAUGAAUCUUUUUGUAAAAGAAUAUCGUUAUGGUUAUCGGGUUUUCCUGUAGCCCACCCGAAAAAAGGAGAUUGCUUUCCUUCGCAAGACGUCCCACAAACAUUGGAUAGACAUUGGCGUUGGCUGAUUGGAUAAGCAUUCGUGUCUCCAAGUUAUUGAUUAUAUUUUCUUACACAACUAACUAACUAACUUACAGUGCGAAACAAUUUCAAGUCAAUUCGAAGACGAUUCAGGAUCAAAGCCGGGAAGAGAAAUGGUGUGGUGGUCAAUCUGUUCGAAAGCUCGUUUUGCUAUUUCGUCUAUGGCAGCUCAAAGAACUUCCAUAGUAUAUGGAGACUCUUUUCAAUGCUCAAGCUUCUCUGUUCUUAGUAACCCCUUUACUGGUUUUCCCAGAAAAUUUUCUGGUUUAAACACAACGAGAUUUGCAAACGUUUGUGAUAAUUACAACCAACUGGGAUUCAUAUCUUCAUUGAAUGGAUCUAAAAAUUGCUCUGCCAAUUAUAGAAGAAACCCAAUUUUGAAACUGGAGGGUUCAAACUCUGCGCAAGCAUGCAUUCAAGAAUGUACGAGUCAUGAAGAGAAAAAUGUGGCCAAAACUUAUCAUGGGCGAGACUUUUUUGAAGAGAUGAAACAGAGGUUUCUAAGCUUUAAGAAGCACAAAUAUUUUCCCAAUACUCAAGCGAACCAGUUGUACGUUACCUUUCUGUUGGUCUUUGGGCGAACAUUGCAAUGUCGGCAUCACCACCCGUAUCACACGAUUGCAAUAGAGAGAUAUGAAUUGGAGCAUUUUCAAGCUCUUGCACAAGCUCAAUCACCGGAGGUUAUGGUGAUUGCUUGUGUAGACUCCAGGAUAUGCCCAUCUAACAUCCUUGGAUUCCAACCUGGAGAAACCUUUAUGAUCAGAAAUGUUGCUAAUCUUGUUCCCCCAAUUCACAAUGGACCAUCAGAAACUAAUGCAGCCCUAGAGUUUGCUGUAAAUACACUUGAGGUUGAGGACAUAUUAAUCAUUGGCCACAGCGACUGUGGAGGCAUUCAAGCUCUCAUGACCAUGCAAGAAGGCAACUCAAGUAACUUAACUGAGAAGUGGGUUGCUACUGCAAAAGCUGCCAAAUUGAAAACAAAAGCUGAUGUAGCCCAUCUUAGCUUCGAACAACAAUGCAGGUACUGCGAGAAGGAAUCGAUAAAUCGUUCACUACUGAACUUGCUUACAUAUCCAUGGAUAGAAGACAGAGUGAGAAAAGAGUCACUAUCUCUUCACGGAGGAUACUAUGAUCUUUUCAAUUGUACAUUUGAGAAAUGGACACUUGAUUACAGGGAAAGCAGCAUUGAUGAAGAAGGUGGCAAAUACACCAUCAAAGAUCGAUCAUUCUGGUGCUGAACUUUUUCAUUCACAAAAAUUGUUCUGCAACAAUUACUAAGGACACAGUGCAACCAUCUGUGAUUCUGACUGUAAAUUAAUUUAAUUAAUAUUUCAACAAGUAAUUAAACCAAGAAGUUUCCUAUUUCAGAAUCGCCUUUUGUGGGAAUUCUCUUGUUUAUUUUGUUCUUGUUCAUUGCUGCAGAAAAUGUCUUUGGAACACCUGUCUGCACGACC